AUGCAGUCUCAACAGGUCAACAAGUCGAGGGCUGGUGGCAGUGUUGCCAUUUUCCAGAUAAGCGAAACCAUUUCGAUCGAUGUAAGGAAAGGGGACUACGCCAAGCCAUACCUUUUGUUACAGGAAAAAAAUUGGAGCAAUGACACGGACUCCUACGCUUGUAAAAGCAUACUAGUCACGGUGUGUCAGUGGAGUUCACUCAAGACUAACUUCCGUAAUAUCAAGGAUUUGGUUGAACGUGUGAAAAGUGGUAAACUUGAAAUGUCGAUGGACUUGGGGGAGAGGAGGUUACUGAGGGUAGUCGUCAAACUAAGCGCCGAUGGUGUUGUUGUCACCUUCCAACGAGUUAGAAGCAAGCCAGAUGCGAGUGGGUCUAUGCGAUCGAGUAUUACUCUGACAUUGAGUGACAUGGAUAAACUGGAAAAUUGGUUCUGUGUCGUGACCAGCUGCAUCAGGGACAAUUCCGAUGUACCUAUAGUAGAUGCUAUAACAGACCCGAGUCAGUAUAGAUCACCCGGGGUUACUGAUCGUAGCGGUCUACCCCCCAAACUACGCCCAAUUAAACUGAAUUUGGCUAAAACAGUCGCAAGUGUGGGGACGCAGACAGACUUCGUGGAUGGGUUCCAUCAAACUGUGCCGCAGACACCUGUCACUCAACUAGACAACCCGUUCAAAAUGUUGAACCCCGACUACAUGUUCGACGAGGCAGCCAGUGUUUGUAGCAGUACACAAGGGUUCGGCAAUAUCAGCCCUAUACCCAUGGACAUUCAUCAAUAUACACCGCUAGCAAAACCCGAGGACUUUACUUUUGGUGCUAAUAGUGCUUCUGACAAUAGUAACUCAUUUGGCUACUACAGUCCAAUCUCACCUACUCUGUAAAGUAGUCGGGGGGGAGGGGUUUCAGUAUAUCUGUGUAAAAUGGAUAGUUGUGAUUAUUUAAUUUAAUUUAAAAGUAGUAGGCAGGAUUGUGCACUGUUGUGAUUGUUACGUGUCGUUGUUGUACCUAAAUAUAAUAAGUUGAUUUAUAAAUAAAUAAAUAAAACCAUAUAGCGAAACAUCGCC